UCUAACAUGGCAGAUCAAUUUGUGUUGUAUUAUCAUGUGACGGCGAAACGCUCCCGUUGAGAGCAGGACCGUAACCUCUCUGUUCGUAGACCGAUCGUGUAGGACUCCGGUUCUCCUCGCGAGUGUGAACGCGACGCGGUCGCGUUAAAACGCCGUCGCGAUGGCGGACCUCAAGAGCCCGCCGUUCAGUGACAUUAAACGGCCCGAGGAGGUGGUGGCGAUGGCGAUGAACGACAGCCUCAAGUUCGCCGUUCUGAUCGGCAUGGUCGAGGUGGGACAGGUGUCUAAUCGGGAGGUCGUCAACACCGUGCUGCACCUGGUACGUAAACUCGACGAAAUUACAGGCGUUAUCUUUAGCUGGCUCUUGUCGGGAGUUCGUGCGUACGUAUAUAACGGAGCCGGGAUGAAACGCCGCCCCGUCCCUCCCGAAUGUGACGUGUAUGUCGUCCCGCGUAACGUGAGUGUGGUCAGUGUGGUCGGGCGGUGCCGAAGCGUUAUAAACGAAAGCUCUCAGUUAAUACUCUGUAAACGAAAGUAGAAUGCAAAAU